AUGCCUCCAAAAGAACCCCCCAAGAAGUGGAAGGCCCCAAAAGGUCCCAAGCCUAUCCAACGUAAAAAUAAGAAUACCAUCGGGCUUGGAAGAGCUAUUCAAAGUGCUCGUCAAAAGGAAAAUGAAGUAACAAUUUUACCGGAUGGUGAAGUACGGUUUACUACAGACAAGCAUGAGGCAAACUGGGUAAAACUAAGAUCUGUUACUCAGGAGUCGGCUUUGGACGAAUUUUUGAGUACAGCAGAACUUGCUGAUAAGGAUUUCGCCGCCGACAGGCAUUCAAAUGUCAAGAUUAUUCGGAUGGACGCUGGCAGCGACUCGAGAUCCCAGGGUGUGUCUCUAAGUAAUAGUGAGAAGCUGAAAAUAAACGAAAAACAUAGGAGUCAAGCCCGGAACUUGAUUGUCCCAAGAAGACCUGCGUGGAACGAAAGCAUGACGAGGUUUCAACUGGAGAGACAGGAGAAAGAUGCAUUUUUAGAUUGGAGACGCAAGCUUGCCACUUUACAAGAAGCAAAUGAAGAUUUGUUACUGACGCCAUUUGAAAGAAACAUCGAAGUUUGGAGACAGUUGUGGAGAGUUAUUGAAAGGUCAGAUCUGGUGGUGCAGAUUGUCGAUGCUCGUGAUCCACUGCUCUUUAGAUCGAGAGACUUAGAACUAUACGUUAAGGAGCUGAAUGAAGGAAAGGAAAAUCUGCUUCUUGUCAACAAGGCGGAUUUACUGACGCGCAGACAAAGAAUCAAAUGGGCAAAAUACUUCAUCUCAAAGAAUAUAUCCUUUACCUUCUUCUCUGCUGCUAGAGCAAAUGAAAUACUGGAGCAGCAGAAUGAGCUUGGUGAGGACUUCGUUUACAAGGAAGUUGAGGAAGAGGAGAUUUUGGAGAUUGAUGGCGAAAAGGUUGAUCCAGAAGUUUUGGAUAAAAUUCAGAUCCUGGAAAUUGAUCAACUAGAGAAGCUGUUCCUAUCUAAAGCCCCGAAGCAUCCGCUCCUAACUCCCUUGCCGGGACAGGAUUCUAUUAUCCAGAUCGGUCUGGUAGGUUACCCCAACGUAGGUAAAUCGUCUACUAUUAACGCUCUUGUUGGAGCCAAGAAAGUAUCAGUUUCUGCCACCCCCGGUAAGACCAAGCACUUUCAAACAAUUAAGCUUUCGGAUCGUGUCAUGCUAUGUGACUGUCCUGGUUUAGUAUUCCCUAACUUUGCUUACAACAAAGGAGAACUUGUUUGUAAUGGUGUAUUGCCCAUCGAUCAGCUCAAAGACUACAUCGGGCCAUGUAGCCUAGUAGCGGAGAGAGUGCCCAAAUAUUUCAUCGAAGCAACCUAUGGUAUACAUAUUCAAACUAAGUCGGAGGAAGAAGGCGGGAGCGGGAUACCCACCGCUCAAGAAAUCCUGGUUUCUUAUGCCAGAGCUCGUGGUUACAUGACUCAAGGGUUUGGUGCCGCUGAUGAAUCCCGUGCCAGCAGAUACAUUUUGAAAGACUAUGUUAAUAGCAAGCUCCUGUACAUCAAUCCGCCACCUCACUUAAAAGACGAUUCCCCGUAUACCAAAGAGGAGUGUGAAGAGUUCAACAGAGAACUGUACAGUUUUGACAAACUUCCCCAAUCUAGGCAAGAACAAUUGACUGAAGCCGUCAAACACAAGAACCUCGAAUCUUUCGACCUCGCUCGUGAUCUAAGUAAAUUGACAUUUUCGGCGCACAUUGGUAAAGAAGGCGAGAGUCAAGAGGCAAGAUCCGUCAAUCACGGUGGUAAGCAGGCUGCACUUUACAAUGCUGCUCAGGACCUUGACAAUGAGUUCUUCAACAUGAGCAAGGUGCAGGGACAACUCGUAAGCCCUUUCCACAAGAAUCAGCUCACCGCCAAUAGCGGAAAGAAGCACAACAAGAACAACAAAAAGAGCAAGAAGAAGGCAUUAUUAUCAGCAGACUAA